ACUAUUUUGAUUCACACCGCAGCAAGCAAAGUGUAUAAAUAAAUCUAAACUUUUCUUUGACUUUCGGCAACCUUCCAUAAUAUACUUUUAUUCUUUCCUUUCCGAAUUAAUUCAUUCAACACAAAAGUCUCUAACAAAACCCACUCUUACUCAAAUCAAUGGAUGCUUCUUCUUCUUCUGCGAGUCACGCUGAAUUCGAUUACUUGUUUAAGCUUCUUAUGAUUGGUGAUUCUGGAGUUGGCAAAAGCACGCUGCUUCUUCGAUUCACUUCUGAUACUUUCGAGGAUCUUUCUCCUACCAUCGGUGUAGACUUCAAAGUUAAAUAUGUUACACUUGGUGGAAAAAAGUUAAAACUUGCUAUUUGGGACACAGCUGGACAGGAAAGGUUCAGAACACUUACCGGUUCAUAUUAUAGAGGUGCACAAGGAAUAAUUAUGGUUUAUGAUGUAACGCGGCGGGACACCUUUACAAAUCUAUCUGACAUAUGGGCUAAAGAAAUUGACCUAUACUCAACAAAUCAAGAUUGCAUCAAGAUGCUUGUAGGAAACAAAGUUGACAAGGAAAGUGAAAGGGUUGUUACCAAAAAGGAAGCGGUGGACUUCGCAAGGCAAUAUGGAUGCCUUUAUACUGAAUGCAGUGCUAAAACUCGAGUAAAUGUUGAACAGUGUUUUGAGGAGCUUGUACUGAAGGUUUUGGAUACACCAAGCCUCUUGGCCGAGGGAUCAUCUGGUGUGAAAAAGAACAUCUUCAAGCAGAAACCCCAAGAGUCUGAUGCAUCAUCAACUAGUAGCUGUUGCUAAUGGUGAUUAUAAUAUUUCCAAGGAACUGUCACCUUCUAGUUUUUAGUAUGAUGUGGAUUUCAAGUGCUAUGAAAUUCCAUUGCAUGUACCAAAAAAAUUAAUUUCGUUAGAGCCAGUAUAUUGUAAUUGUAUCGAUCUUCAGAAUUUGCUUACCUUUUAAUGAUCUCUUCCGUUUUAUUGAGUGUGAGCAUUAGCAAGUUAUCAUUCUGGGAAUUUCUUGCAUUCCUCUAAA